AUGAGCUCUUUCUCUCUCCUCCCCCUCCUCUCCUUCCUCCUCCUCCUCCUCCUCCUAAUCUCCUCGUCAUCAUCAUCGCCAUUACCGCUUAUCCCCGAAGAUCACCACCUUCUCCUCCCCGAUGGCGCCAUUAGCUUCCCCUCGGUCCACGCCAAGGAGCUCAUCCGCGCCCUCAACCUCGUCCCCAAGGACGCCGUCGCCGGAGGAGGAGGCGGCGCCGCCCCCCGCGGCGGCGGAGGCGCGGCCGAGGAGAGGCUCUCGGAGCGGCGGAUUAGGCUCCCCGGGAUCGCCGGGGCCGGCGCCGGCGCCUCCGUCCCGGAGCUCGGCCACCACGCCGGGUAUUAUCGCCUCCCCCAUACCUACGGCGCGAGAAUGUUCUACUUCUUCUUUGAGUCAAGGAACAGCAAGGAGGACCCUGUGGUUAUCUGGCUCACAGGAGGGCCAGGUUGUAGCAGCGAAUUGGCCGUCUUCUAUGAGAACGGACCCUUCAGCAUAGCUAACAACUUGUCCCUCGUGUUGAACAACUAUGGUUGGGAUAAGAUUUCGAAUCUAAUUUACGUCGAUCAACCAACCGGGACCGGUUUCAGCUACAGCUCGGAUGCUCGCGACACUCGUCAUGACGAACAAGGGGUCAGCAAUGACCUGUAUGAUUUUCUACAGCACCCGGAAUUCGUGAAGAACGACUUUUACAUUACCGGAGAAUCGUAUGCUGGGCACUACAUUCCUGCUCUCGCGAGCCGAAUCCACCAGGGAAACAAAGCUAAUGAGGGUAUUCACAUAAAUUUGAAGGGCUUUGCAAUCGGCAAUGGGCUCACUGAUCCAGAGAUUCAGUAUAAAGCCUACACAGAUUACGCAUUGGAGAUGAAUUUGAUUCAACAAUCUGAUUACAAAAGAAUCAACAAGCUUUAUCCGGCGUGCGAGCUCGCAAUAAAGCUUUGUGGUACUUCAGGAACAACAUCUUGUUUGGAAUCCUACAUGGUCUGCUCUUCUAUUUUCAAUUCAAUAAUGAACCUCGUCGGAGAUACCAAUUACUAUGACAUUAGGAAGCAAUGCGAAGGGAGUCUUUGCUACGACUUCUCGAACAUGGAGAGUUUCCUAAAGCAGAAAUCAGUAAGAGAAGCACUUGGAGUGGGGGACAUAGAAUUUGUUUCCUGUAGCCCUACAGUGCACCAAGACAUGCUCCAAGAUUGGAUGAGGAACCUGGAAGUCGGCAUUCCAGCACUUCUCGAGGACGGAAUCAAGCUGCUUGUGUAUGCUGGGGAGUAUGAUCUCAUCUGUAACUGGCUUGGGAACUCUAGAUGGGUACACUCCAUGGAAUGGUCUGGUCAAAAGGACUUUGUUUCAGCACCUGAAUCUACAUUUAGAGUAGAUGGCCUAAAAGCAGGGCUAUUCAAAAAUCAUGGGCCUCUCAGUUUCCUUAAGGUCUUCGACGCGGGUCACAUGGUUCCAAUGGACCAGCCCAAGGCUUCACUGGAAAUGUUGAGGAGGUGGAUGCAUGGGAACCUUGCUGAACCUUGCUCUCAAUUGCCAGGCUUCGACGCGGUGAUGUGACAAGUAUAAUCAAACUCUCUAGCUGUUACUCUACAUGUCAUUGAUACAAGAUGUUGCCAAAGAUUAAUGAUAAGUUUAAUUUUUCUUUAUUAAACUUCGAUUUUUAAUAUUUGAGUUGAUAUAUGUCCACAACAAUCUCCCUUUGUACUUCAAAGCAAUGAAAUGUGUGUACGCCAUUCAUUUAACA